AGGUGGAGUCUGGCUGUCGUUCGUCAGCCACAUGGGGGGAUGGAUGAGCGGUGCUGGGGAAAGUGGAGUCUAUACUCUUCUUAAAGGAGGUUUCGUGGAAUCGAGCGGCCGAGCCGUGAUUUCUCUGCGGACGACGGAUCGUCUGAAGGCGGCGUGUUUUUUCAGCUUCCGUGGGGAGCGGCAGCUCCGAGAAACACGCACUCCUCAGUCAACUCGGCGCGGACAGGAGCCUCCCGGAGGAGGAAAUGCGGCUGUUUCUGGGGGUUCUUCUGAGGCUGGGGAUCACAGAUUGACUGAAGCCCGUCUCUGCAGUCAAACAGUGGGGAAGUUGUUUCCACUGGAUGGAUGGAUCUGUCGCCUCUGAGGAGCGGGGCGGGCAGCCGGAGGAGCAACACCCAGGAAAAUGAUGCAUCGUGGAGGGGCAGCCGCUGAACUUUGAGCAACAAAUUCACCUCGGAGCUGCCGGCGGCAUGGGGAGCCACAGAGACCAGGAGCUGUCGGAGCGACCCUGAGGAGCCACUCAUUGUUUUUGCUGGAUCUUCUUCCUGACUCUGUCAGUGAGGACCUGCCGGGGGACGGUGCAGCAGGCUCUGCUGUGAUGCUUCAUCUCCAUUUCUGUUCUGUCAGUGUCGGUGUCUCCAGCAAGACUUUCGCAGUCUCAGAAUGGCUCGUUUUGAAGACGAUGCUUCCAGCCGGUUCAGAGGCGGCGGCCUCACGGGGCCAAGCAGAGGGGCCAAUAGGCAGCCGUACAAACAGACCAUGGCUCAGAGAGCCAGAACCAUGGCUAUUUACAACCCCAUUCCAGUCAAACAGAACUGCCUCACCGUCAACCGCUCCCUGUUUAUCUUUAGCGAGGAUAAUAUUAUCCGGAAAUACGCCAAAAAGAUCACAGAAUGGCCUCCGUUUGAAUACAUGAUCCUGGCCACCAUCAUAGCAAACUGCAUCGUUCUGGCCUUGGAGCAACACCUGCCAGCUUUGGACAAAACCCCGCUGUCAGAACGUUUGGAUGACACAGAGCCCUACUUUAUUGGAAUAUUUUGCUUUGAGGCAGGCAUCAAGAUUAUUGCUUUGGGUUUUGCUUUUCACAAAGGCUCCUACCUACGUAAUGGCUGGAAUGUAAUGGACUUUGUGGUGGUCCUAACAGGGAUCCUGGCCACUGUAGGGGCUGAUUUUGAUCUGAGAACACUGAGAGCAGUCAGAGUCCUGCGGCCCCUCAAACUCGUCUCUGGAAUUCCAAGCCUUCAAGUGGUGUUGAAGUCCAUUAUGAAAGCUAUGGUACCACUGCUCCAGAUUGGAAUGCUGCUUUUCUUCGCCAUUCUCAUGUUUGCUAUUAUUGGGCUGGACUUCUAUAUUGGCAAAUUUCAUCGAACAUGCUUCAAGAAUGGAACAAAAGAGCAGGUGGCAGAUUUCCCUUGUGGACCUGAACCCCCAGCAAGGACUUGUGGCAAAGACAAUAUUUGUGAAGAGUACUGGCUUGGACCUAACUUUGGGAUCACAAACUUUGACAACAUCCUCUUUGCCAUUCUCACUGUUUUCCAGUGUAUCACCAUGGAAGGAUGGGUGGACAUCCUGUACAACGCCAAUGAUGCCUCUGGGAACAUGUGGAACUGGCUCUACUUCAUCCCUCUCAUCAUCAUUGGGUCGUUCUUCAUGCUCAACCUGGUGCUGGGCGUGCUGUCAGGAGAGUUUGCAAAGGAAAGGGAGCGUGUGGAGAAGAGGCAAGAAUUCCUGAAGCUUCGUCGACAGCAACAAAUUGAAAGAGAGCUGACUGGUUAUUUGGAAUGGAUCUGUAAAGCAGAAGAGGUGAUGCUGGCUGAGGAAGACAAGAACGCUGAGGAGAAGUCUCUGGAUGGAGCGUGGUACAAAAGGAAACAUAACCCCAACUCUGUGCUGAAAAGACCAAAGAAGCAUAAGAAUGACCUGAUCAAUGCAGAAGAAGGGGAGGACCAUUUCACUGACAUUUCAUCAGUUGGGUCACCAUUUGCACGAGCGAGUGCGAAGAGCAAGAAUGAGAGCUCGUCUUACUUGAGGAGGAAGGAGAAGAGAAUUCGCUUCACUAUCCGCCACCUGGUCAAAUCCCAGACAUUUUAUUGGACUGUAUUAUGUCUUGUUGGCCUCAACACUCUGUGUGUAGCUAUAGUACACUAUGAGCAGCCAGAGUGGCUUACGUAUGCAUUAUACCUGGCCGAGUUUGUGUUUCUGGGCUUGUUCCUGGCUGAGAUGACCAUGAAAAUGUAUGGCCUUGGACCCCAGAGCUACUUCCACUCUUCUUUUAACUGUUUUGAUUUUGGGGUCAUUAUUGGGAGUAUUUUUGAGGUGGUCUGGGCUGCGAUCAAACCUGGUGCUUCAUUUGGUAUCAGUGUCCUGAGAGCACUGCGACUUCUCCGGAUCUUCAAAGUUACCAAGUACUGGAACUCUUUGAGGAACCUGGUGGUAUCCCUACUCAACUCUAUGAAGUCCAUCAUCAGUCUGUUGUUCCUGCUCUUCCUCUUCAUCGUGGUCUUUGCUCUGCUGGGAAUGCAGUUGUUUGGUGGACAGUUUAACUUUGAGGAUGAAACUCCGACAACCAACUUUGACACAUUCCCAGCUGCUAUUCUCACUGUGUUUCAGAUUCUAACUGGGGAGGACUGGAAUGCUGUCAUGUACCAUGGGAUAGAGUCUCAGGGUGGUGUGCAUGGAGGGAUGUUCUCCUCCAUUUAUUUCAUCAUUCUCACUCUUUUUGGAAACUACACACUGCUCAACGUAUUCUUGGCCAUUGCUGUUGAUAACCUUGCAAAUGCCCAGGAGCUUACAAAGGAUGAAGAGGAGCAGGAGGAGGCCAUCAGCAAAAAGCUGGCUCUUCAGAAGGCUAAAGAGGUACAGGAAGUCAGCCCUAUGUUGGCUGCUAACAUUUCAAUCACAACGAGUUAUGUCUGCACCCCAGUCCAUCACUACCUGAGCAAUGAGCAGCAGAGGUCAGUCAAGACGAUGUCUGUCUGGGAGCAGAAAGCCAGCCAGCUGAGGAGGCAAAAUCAGGCGAGCUGUGAGGUCUUAUAUGAUCCAGAGGAGUGUGUCCACCUUCCCUCUGGCCUUCAGAUGCGGCCUGACAUGAAGACCCACCUUGACCGGCCCCUGGUUGUUGGGCAUUCCGAUGGGCUGUUGAUGAGAGGCCAUCAACAUCACCAUCACAAGCCGGGCACGCCGGAGGAAGCAGAGAGUGCUGCUGAUCCACCAUCCGCUCCGCCUCAUUUUCAACACCGUCACCACCGCCACAGAGACAGAGCGCGGGGAAAGAUGCAAGAAGAGCCCAAUGACAGCGGUGGUGACAGUGGGAAAGACGGGAGGCAACACAUCCAUCACAGCCACUCCAAAAACCAUGACUGUAGACAAGAAGGGAAGAGCGGGAAAGACAGGAGUAGAAAGCAUCACCAUCACAGUUCAUUGGAUGAGAGCGCAGGUGGGGGGGCCACAAGGGAGAGAGACCAUCGGCAUCAUCAUUCACAUCGACAGUCCAGAGGGGGGAAUGGGACAGUGAAUGGUGGGGGUCGAGGUGAGCGCAGGCUUCACCAUAAAGAUGGUCGAUCAUCUAACAAGGAUGGGGAUAGGGAGAGCAAGAGGAGGAGGCAUCACACACACGGGUCGAGGAGUCGGUCCAGGGCUGAAGGAGAGGAGUCAAACAAGAGAGAAGAGCCAAAUACUAACAGGUUUGGUGACUCAGAUGACAUUUCCCAGCAGCCAGGCUCUCUGGAAACGUCUGGCCAGCCAGAGGACUCAGACAACCAGAAGAAUGUCAGAAGAAUAGGCCAGAGCUCCAUCCACAUUCCCCCUGUGACUAUCACCACACCUGGAGAGAUCACUAUGAUACAAAUGAACAGUACUGACAAUGAAUCAAUGCCUAUGAAUGAGAAAAACCUGAAGGAUCAAUGCCACUCUGGACCAAGACCCAUCUUACCUUACAGCUCAAUGUUUAUCUUUGGACAGACCAACCCGGUGAGGCGGUUAUGUCACUACAUUGUGACCCUGAGGUAUUUUGAGAUGUCCAUCCUGGUUGUUAUCGCAAUGAGCAGCAUUGCACUGGCAGCUGAGGAUCCAGUCUGGACAAAUGCGCCUCGCAACAAUGUGCUCAAAUAUCUGGACUAUGCCUUUACUGGUGUUUUCACGUUCGAAAUGGUGAUCAAAAUGGUGGAUCUUGGACUGCUUCUCCAUCCUGGAUCUUACUUUAGAGACCUGUGGAACAUUCUGGACUUCAUAGUGGUCAGUGGGGCUCUGGUGGCAUUUGCAUUUUCGGGGACUAAAGGCAAAGACAUCAGCACCAUUAAGUCACUGAGGGUUCUCAGGGUUCUCAGGCCUCUCAAGACCAUCAAACGUCUACCAAAACUCAAGGCCGUGUUUGACUGUGUGGUCAACUCUUUGAAGAACGUACUGAACAUCCUCAUUGUUUACAUCCUCUUCAUGUUCAUUUUUGCUGUUAUUGCGGUUCAGCUCUUCAAGGGAAAAUUCUUCUAUUGCACUGAUGAGUCCAAAGCCCUGGAGAAAGAUUGCAAAGGACAGUUUCUUGAUUACGACAAAGAAACAGUGGCAGCAAUGCCAAGAGAGUGGAAAAAAUAUGAAUUCCAUUAUGACAAUGUCCUCUGGGCCUUCCUCACUCUCUUCACAGUCUCAACCGGGGAAGGCUGGCCAACUGUUCUGAAACAUUCUGUUGAUGCUACCUUUGAAGAUCAAGGUCCUAGCCCUGGCUACCGCAUAGAGAUGUCCAUCUUCUAUGUGGUCUACUUUGUGGUCUUUCCAUUUUUCUUUGUCAACAUCUUUGUUGCUCUGAUAAUUAUCACCUUCCAAGAACAGGGAGACAAGGCCUUGUCCGAGUGCAGUUUGGAAAAGAAUGAGAGGGCUUGUAUUGACUUUGCCAUAAAUGCGAAACCUUUGACACGCUACAUGCCAGAGGACACACAGUCCUUUCAGUACAGGAUGUGGAAGUUUGUUGUUUCAGCUCCAUUUGAAUACUCCAUUAUGAUCAUGAUUGCUCUCAACACUGUGGUACUCAUGAUGAAGUUUUAUGGAGCACCAGACUUUUAUGAAGCGAUGCUGAAGUACCUCAACAUAGUGUUCACCACUCUUUUCUCUCUGGAGUGCAUUCUCAAGAUCAUCGCCUUUGGUCCCCUGAGCUACUUAAAAGAUGCCUGGAAUGUAUUUGACUUUGUGACAGUCUUGGGAAGCAUCACUGACAUCCUGGUGACUGAAAUCAAAGAUAGACUAUUGAACCUAAGCUUUCUGAGGCUCUUCAGAGCAGCUCGGCUCAUCAAGUUGCUGAGGCAGGGCUACACCAUCCGCAUCCUGCUCUGGACUUUUGUGCAGUCUUUCAAGGCCCUGCCAUAUGUGUGCCUGCUUAUUGCAAUGCUGUUCUUCAUUUAUGCCAUUAUUGGAAUGCAGGUGUUUGGGAACAUUGAGCUGAACGAAGACACAGCUAUCAACCACCAUAACAAUUUCCGCACUUUUCUCCAGGCUCUUAUGCUGCUGUUCAGGAGUGCAACUGGAGAAGCCUGGCAUGAAAUCAUGUUGUCGUGCCUAAGUCAUCGACCCUGUGAUGAGCUCUCAGGGACUAGUGGGAAAGACUGUGGCAGUGAUUUUGCCUACUUCUACUUUGUCUCCUUCAUCUUCCUCUGCUCCUUCCUGAUGCUGAAUCUCUUUGUGGCUGUCAUAAUGGAUAACUUUGAGUACCUCACCAGAGACUCCUCCAUCCUGGGGCCUCAUCAUCUUGAUGAAUUUAUUCGAGUUUGGGCCGAGUAUGACCCAGCUGCUUGUGGCCGUAUCAAGUACUCCGAUAUGUAUCAGAUGCUGCUACACAUGCCCCCGCCCUUAGGUUUGGGAAAGAAAUGUCCACCAAGAGUCGCCUAUAAGCGUCUUGUCAAAAUGAACAUGCCCAUCGCUGAUGACAACACAGUUCACUUUACCUCCACAUUGAUGGGCCUGAUUCGCACUGCGCUGGAGAUAAAGUUGGCCUCAGGUAUGGUGCUGCAGCGAUUAAUGGAUGCUGAGUUAAAGAAAGAAAUGUCCACAGUUUGGCCGAGCCUCUCUCAGAAGACCAUGGAUUUGUUGGUGACGCCACACAAACCCAAUGAGCUAACGGUAGGAAAGGUUUACGCAGCGCUGAUGAUCUUUGACUACUUAAAACAGAAUCGAGCAAGGAGGCUGCAGCAGAUGGCCAACUCUGACCCCCAGUGCAAGGUCGAAGCUCUGUUUAAGCCAUUGCUGCCUCUGACUCACAUGCAGGGCUCACACAGUGCUCCUCAAUCUCAGCAAAGCCAGGAGUCAUUCCAUCAAGUGGUCAGCUCUAACUCCAUCAACAAUGGAGGGAUGCUGCCAGGUUAUGACCCCAGAAAUAAAUCAGUCCCUUCCACUGGGAUGGAGAGGCCCACCGAGGGGGUCUAUCCCAGACCAAAGAAAACCAUAUCCAAAGGCCCAUCAGUGGACACAUCAAACGCUGUCAAUCAGGAGUCAGUAGGGCUGAACAGUGUCAGCAGCACAGUCCCAGUCCCACUCCCUGGUCCAGGCCUGGAGAGCCAGGGCAGGGCUGCUUCAAUGCCUCGCCUCAACGUGGAGCUCCAGUCUGGUCGUGAUGCCAGCUCUAUGAGACGCUCUGUUACCACUGUGGAUCCACAGCGGCCCCAAGAGGUUAACCUUAGAGACUACACCUUGGAGAAACCUCGUCAGGAGAGAACACAUCACCAUCACCACCACCAUCACUGCCACCACCGCAGAGACCGGGACAAAGACAAGAGACAAGGGUCUUUGGAUACUCCUCUUGGGGGCCAACCUCCCAACUCAGCUGAAGAACCGGCAUCUGAACCUGCUGCCUCCAGAGAGCAAGCCCAUAAACGUGGGCGCUCCCAUGAAAGGAAACAUCAUCACUCCUCAACAGACAAGCAACGGUACUACUCCUGUGACCGCUACUGCAGCCGGGAACGCUGCUGUCUCAAAUCUGCUACUGCCGCCUGCUCCUACCGAGAGGAGCAGGAAACCAGCAAAAAGCAGGGCAGUGGUUUGGUUAAAGGCAGCCAAGAUGUAUCAAGAUCCGGUUCUAGCACACCAAGCCGUGGACGCCGGCAGCUCCCACAGGUCCCACACACCUUACGGCCUGGGGUGGGAUAUAAGACUGCAUACCCUUCUCAAGUGCACUUUGUGUCUAGUCAGGCUUCUCAGAGUCCUGGCCGACUAAGCCGCGGCCUGUCGGAACACAACACCUUCCGUCAUAGUAGUUCCUACUACUUCCCCUGCCCUGUCACUCGUAUCAGCUCAGAGCCCUUUCUGGGCCAGGGCCAUGGUGAGGCCCUGCGCAGUCCUUACAGCAGCUUCCAGAACCAGCUGGAUGUCUUCCAGGAUGAGGCAUCACUGUCCCCUACCCCUAGUGCUGAACAGUCACCCCGGACCACACUGCCUCGAAGGAUGGGAGCCCUACAUCCAACUUUUGGUGUAGACCCAAGUGUGCCCAAUGGGUACCACUUAAGUUUAGGGGGCAGGACCAGCCCAGGCACUAGAUACAGGGCACUGUGGUACAGAAGGUAGAUGGGAAUGAAUGGUGCUACUUUUUUAAUGCAUUUUUGAGGCAUUAUGAUGGGUUUUAUCAGCUUUUCUGAAAGCUUUAGUUUACAUGAUAAUUUUGUGUUUAAUACUGUAUUCUAGCUCAGAAAGUUAAGGUGAUGUUUCACAUGGCAUUCUAAAAUGAAGGAGAAAAGACAUUUUCUUUCCAAUAUAAGACACGUUUGUCUGGCAGUUGUUAGGUGUUUUUUACUUCAGUGUUUUGUCGAAACCACCAUAUUGAGUUUGAAAGAAUAAUUUAAAUGGGAGAAUAAUCUUCAAUGUUCUAGUAAUCAUACCCUAUAACCUGAACAGAUAAGAGUCUUAAGGUUUUAGAUAAGACUUAUGCAGACCAGCUGUAUAUUCAAAUUCAACCUUUAUUUUGUCUUGUUUAAAUGUAGCAUUCAGUACGGGACAUUGAUUUUUUUCUCAUGAUGGCCGUUGUGCUACACAUAAUGCCUUUUGCCAUUGUGGAGGAAAUGAGUUGUGGUGUGUGUGUGCAGCUAACAUUUUGACCAAUAGUUAUUUUAUUAAAACUUAAUAAAAGUCAGGACAAGCUGCACUGGCUUGUCCUUCAAUAAGACAGUUAUGACAGAUUAUCCCUUUUCAAUGAUGAUUUAACACGUUCAAAUAACAAACAACAAUUCUCCAUGUUAGUGAAAGUCCUCUUGGUUCUGUUUAAUUCUGUUCCCAAGUAUACAUGCAAAGUGAACUCUUGAAAUUCUAUGAAGGAUGUCUUUGAACAUUUUUAGUACAAAAACCACAAAAUACCAGUGUGUUAUUUUGAUAAUUUGUUUAUUUAUUUUUUUUUUUCAGACAGACAUUUCACCAAGAAGACAUAACAAAGAAAGACUUUCAUAUUUAUAAGGGUAAAUACAACACGCUAUUACCAAAUAUACAUGCUCAAAUACAUGUAAAUACUCCACUUAUUCGGUGACUAUGAGCCUGAAAAGGAGCAUGAUGAAAUUUAACUCACAUAAUCAUACUCCGUUUCCAUUCAGUAAUUCAUGACAUGAAUAAUCUUCCCAUUUCUGAACCAGAUUAAAAUAAUACACACAUUCAUAUAUGCAUAUAUACACAAAAACAUCUACUUGUAUACAUACAUAUGUAAUGUAUAACUAUAUAUACAAACACACACAUUUAUCCACACACCUACACCCGAUUGCCCAAGUCAUCCACAGUAUUGUAAUUCCCAGCCAAAUUCAUCACCCCUGUUCAUCCAUUUAUAAUAACCACUUUGAGGCUUUUCUUAAAAUACCUCAUGCUUGGACUUUGCUUCAACUCUUUGGUAAGAUAAUUCCAAAUCCUCACACCAAUGACUGAGAUGCUCAUUCUUUUCAUUGUUCGAACAGUUAAAGUUCUGAAGUUUGAGGUGUUCUCUAUAGUCAUAUCCCCCAACUCUAUCAGUAAACAAUUUUUGAAUAUUUUCUGGUAAUAGUUUGUCUCGAGCUUUGUAUGGAAAUUGUGCAGUUUGAAACUCUUCCAAAUCUGGGAGUUCUAGCUAUUUUAGAUUGCAGAUAUUUAACAUGAGGUUUCCAACAGAUCUUAUUAUGAAUCAAUAGUGGUUAUCCCCUUCAUAAUUUCCGAAUAACAUAAAAAAUUAGCUUUAUCUAAAUUAAUGCUAAUUUAUUAAUAUCAAACCACUUUUUCAAUUUACAUAGCUCUAAAUUGAUUUCUAUCAAGAGCUGUCAUAAAUUUUCAAUUGUACAAAAAAUGUUUGUAUCGUCGGCAAAUAAAACUAAAUUAGUAUCUUGGAAAACUUACAUCUCUAAACAAUAUAAAAUAAACAACGUUGGUCCCAAAACUGAGCUCUGGGGAACACCACAAACAAUGUCCAAGCAUUAGGACAAGAAAUCCCUGAAUUUGCACAAAUUGUUGCCUGUUGGUGAGACAACUUUUCAUUCAGUGCAAAACUACUCGUGUCAGACCAUAGCGCUCAAGUUUCUUGAUGAGAAUUUUAUCAUUAAUUACAUCAGAUACUUUUUUGAAGUCAAUAAAUAUUCCAACAAGAGGUUUCUUUUUAUCGAAUGAACUUGUAGCCUCUCCUGUUAACUGAAGAAUUUCCAUCACUGUGGAUCUGUGUGACCUAAAUUCAUACUGACUCUCAGCAAAUAGUUGGUGUUUAUUCAUAAAUCUAUUCAAUCUGGCAACAAAUAUUGUUUACAAAAUUUGGGAGAACUGCAUAUUGAUAAAAUAUUUCAUCAACAUUUCUUUGAUGAAAUAUUGUAGAUAAUUGUAAUUACUAGAAAGUGUUGUUUCAGGUGUGUUUUAAGUGAACUGUUUACAGUUUGCCAUUGUUUCAGGUCUAUUUCUUACAGAUUUUCUUUAGUUUGAAGAUUAGCAUUGCAUGCUGGUCUACAGAUGAUAACAUAAUAUUUCAGCAGGAGAACACAGUUAUUUUCCCAACAACAGAAGACAUACAGUGCUUAAAGCAGCUUUGGACCAGUAAUGCGAGCUUGACAAUUGUGUUUAAAAUGAGUCAUUGGUCAACAUUUCUACUCUAGGUUUCUUUCUCAACCAACAGCACAAUCAUCACUACCCACUUUGUUUGAGUUAGCUGCAGCGGAAGUAUGGUGGUUUCAACAGAAUAACUAGUGCUGUAAGUCAGGGAAGAAGACAGAAUAGCAGAUUGGAGGAUCAUUGUAGAGAACCUCUGACUAUACAACACUGUAAAAAGAAACGAUUGCUCUUUAGUUUACAACUCCACCAUUCCACAAUGACAUCUGAUCAUUUGCAACAUUCCCUGUGUUGAACAGAUGAAUGCUGGCUGACAGUCGGCACUUCUGUUUUUUUUUUCAAAUACUUCUUUCUUACAGCCUUUACAAAACAAUGCAUGGUUAGCUGACCAAUGUGUUUUCUAUAAAAAGUUCAUUGUGAAUGAUUUUCUUCUGUUGUAUCCAUUUGUUGAAUAAUAUGUAAUAACACUGGUGUGUUUUAAGUGAACUGUUUACAGGUCUAUUUCUUACAGAUUUUCUUUAGUUUGGAAUGUUUUAAGACAAAGUGCCUAUCCUUUUAGAUUUAUAUAACAUAGAAAAUAAUGCAACAUUAACUUUUUUGUAAUGCAUCCACACCAGAAUAGACAGUUGAUUUAUUUUGUAUGGAGCUCUGCAGGAAAACAUGUUGCACAGAACGCCUUAUCUGCAAGCAACAUUUAUACCUACAGUAGGCUUGAAAAUCAUGAUUUGACAAAUGACCUUAAAAAUAAUUUUCUUUUGUUUGUUUUUUUAUUUACAUUAACAAUAUUGUGAGCAUUUAAUUCCUUGUAAAACCAUGGACUCUGAGGAGAGUAAAAUAGUGUGCAUGUUUAGAGUGUAACUCUGGUCAAACACCUGUAUUUUUGAUAAAGAUGUCAGGAAGCUCCUGUCUUAUUCUCAAUGUAAACCCAUGCGGGGUCAGCUAAUGUCUGACUGGAAAGCAGAAAGCAUGUCUGAGCGAAGGCUCCGAACAUAGAGAAUGAACGUGGCUUGCUCUGUUAGUGUGUGUGUUGAAGUGCAUAAACUGCUAAGCACAGGUUCUUGCAUAUCUUUUUUUGUAAGUGGAACUUCACUCAUUUACCUUGUUCCCCUUGGAGGCAACUAGCAAAAAAAUAAAUAAAUAAAUGAAUGUGAUAAUAUCAUGCAGAGGUACUUGCGGCCACUGCUUUCAUUGCUGAUUUAUUACAGUACAAUACGAUGGCACUAUUAGCUGUGUUCAAAUUACCACUCAAUAUGAUGCAUGCUUAUGUGUGAUGCCAGUUACAGUUGAGUCUUGUAGUUGAAUAAUUUAGCUACAGAGAAAGCUAAAAAGAAAAAUAAUAAUAAAGAUGAAGAGGAUGAAUGCUCUUCAUUCUCUGCAGGAGAAUUUUUCUGAAUAAUGUACAUUAAAAUGAAUAUAAUUGGGCUUUUAUUUCAGUUUGACUUUCACCAUUAUAAAUAGUAAAACAAGAUUAUUGCCUAUACUAUCAACAAAAGCAUGUUAUUUUCAUGUUGGAUUGUAUAAAAGUGACCCACAAAAGAAGAACAAAGUAAAACAUUUAAUCACUUUUAGCUACAUCAAAGAUCAAAUAUGAUAUAAGUCCAUAUAACAUAUUUUCUUUAAAUGUGGAUCAGGCUGCUUAGCUACCUAUGUGGUGUAAGGUGACAUCCCAUUUCACACUUACACCAGCAGGACAAGGAAGUGGAAAAAGUUGAUCAUAUGCAAAUAACAGAUUUUUCCAUUAGUCAUGGUGUUUUAAUCAAUGGAAAAGUGUAAAUCAUCUGACGUGGUUUUAUCAAAACAUGAGGAAGUGUCAUCAAGGAGUUUGAUAUUGUUUUACGUUGGUCUUGUCAAUUAAAUGCAGCAGAUAAUCAUUAUUAUUGCCAUUAUUUUUAAUAUCCUGUUUUUUUUUUAUUUCCAAGGUCAUAGUUGAAAAUAACUAUGACCUUUUGAUUGUCAUUGGCACAAACAUUUUGGCCUAAAAUGAGUUGAGUUAACCAUCUAGAAUCUUUAUUAGAUUUUUCUUUAAAACAAUCUUUGAAUCCUAAGAUGCAAAGUUAUUUAAAAAGUAAAAUCAAAAAUGUAAUCAUAUACUUAAUAAAAUGAUGGAAUGUUUUUAAGGCUGCAGCAAGCAAAGUUUUAGGAACAACUGGUUGAACGAAAUGUUACAAAUAUCAAAACAUCUUUUUGGAGUCUCUGUUGGAAUUUGUCGACAUAUAAAUAGAUACUGAUAAAUCUGUGGCGAUCCUUUUUAGCAAAGCUGCUCUAUCUUAUCAAUAUGGAUUCUAAAAUUUGGACACAGCUAAUAUGUGAACAAAAAUAAAGCGGCCAACAGCUUUGAUGGAACUUGUCAGAAAGAUAUGCUGUGCUAAUGUGGAAAAUCCAUUGUGAAGUGAUGCAACCCACUGUAGAAGUAGCAGAUAAGUUGUGAUCCAUGAAGGGUCAUAAUAAAUGUGAAAGGACAUGUAGAACAUAUAGAUGUCACAGAGAGUCGACUAGUGGAUUCGUGUUUCAAGUGUUGUCUUCAAGUGUUCAUGUGAGGCCUGUGAACUGAAGUUAAGAGCUGUACUUUGUAUUGACCAGGACAUUAUACGAAGGCUACUCUGCACUUGAACAAUAAUUGUUUUGUUCAACUCAUUGAAAAAGGAUCUUGAAAAUUCUUGGCAGGUUUAUUUGCUUCCCAUUGUGGCUGUGCAAGAUGGAAGGAAUCUGAAACAACAGACUGAAUGGAUUGCGGGUUCUCUGAAAGCCUGUGUCUUUGGUGGCCUACAAGGAAAAGAAGGGAGAAGAAGGCCAAGAAAAGUAGAGCUAUGCAACAAAACCUCCCUAGUUCUCCACCCAGUCCAUUCUGUAGCUACUGAUUCAGGAUUCAGCAUGAUUGUGACCAAAUGUUUUAAAAAACAAAAAAACAUGCAAACAAGAAGACUUGAAAUGUAUUGAGGAACAAAGUGUAAACAAGACAACAAUUAUUUGGGACUAUAGCAACUUUAUACAUGUAUUUGCAUGCAUAAUAUUUACCCAUGUUAAUGUCAAAUGGAAAAUCGCUUAUGGGAGAUGUGUCAUUCUCUUUGGAAAAUAUAACAAUGUUUUUUAAAACCAACAUGUCUCAGCUAUUUUCAUAUUGUUCUGCUGAAACAAUUAUUUGCUGAGGUCUGUAUUGCAUCAAAGGAUAUGUACAUCUGUCUAAGAUGAUCACCUGACUUAUACCCAUUAGAUCCAAACUCCUGGGUUGUGCAUAUCUUUUGGGGUGUACAUUAUUUUUUUUUACAAAAAUAAAUAAAAUAAAAAUAAAAAACACCAAAUGUUUGCAUGUUCUAACAGUGUACUGUAUGUGCAUGGAGGAAAUCUGGUGUUUUUUAGAAACACUGUGCUUGUUUUUAUCAUUUGUAGAUUUUGUAUGAUGGGGUUUAACAAUGCUUAUUAAUAUUUAAGUCACUAAUUCUAUGGGUGUAAUCUAAUGUCUAUUUAAAUAGACAUUUUCAGUCACGGAGCAGAAUUCAUUGUUUUCAUGCUUUGAUUUUGUGCCUUUGAACCUUGCUGUCACAUUUCAAAACCUUUCUCGCAUCAAACUUUGCUUUGGAUGAAAAUAAUAUCUGCUAUUAUAAUUGAAUGCUGCUUUUUCCAAUGUCAUUAAAGUCUUGCUAUUAUCCUUAUGGCACUGAAACACCUAUUGAAUGUGAAAACACAAAAUCCUGCUCUCCCACUGAAAAAACAAUUAUUUGAAUGAAAACAAUAUAUGACCCCCUUUUUAACAUUUUAGCACUUCAUCCCUUCAUCCUUUCAUCCUUUGGGUGUGGAAAUUUAGUGUAAAAUUUGUUUUUCCAAAUUUUAUGUAUACUGACAAAACUUCAAUUCUUAAGUUGUUUCUGCAUUUUGUAUGAAGCCAUUCUUCUUGAAAUAAACUUUCAAUUACAUUUAAUCCACUGGA